CUCACUGCAGGCUCCCUCCUUCUUGCUGUCGCUGCUGAGAUCGACAGUUGGGUCGCAGCUCAGUGAGCCCCUGCUGCAGGAAACAAGCAAGGGGACCUCCAGGGAGCUCAGGCUGCCGAGGCACGGUAGCCCUGCCCUAUCUUGAGGACUCCCUUCCCAAGGUCAGGAACAGGGCAGGUGCAGAGGCACUGCAGUCGCCUGUUGCCCAGCCUCCUGAGUGAUGCCAGCCCAAUGGUUCCUAAUAUCCAGACUGGUCCUCUUGGUACUGCUGGGCACAGUCAGAGCAGGCCCUUUCUCUCCACGGUCCAAUGUGACACUCCCAGCCCCCCGGCCUCCUCCCCAGCCGGGGGGCCGCACAGUGGAGCCCGUUGGGGGAAGCCCCUCUUCUCGGCUUUAUGAACACACCGUGGAAGGAGGGGAGAAGCAGGUGGUUUUUACCCACCGCAUCAACCUGCCGCCUUCAGCCGGUUGUGGUUGUCCCCCGGGCACGGAGCCCCCUGUUCCUGCUUCAGAGGUACAGGCCUUGAAGGUCCGGCUAGAGAUCCUGGAGGAGCUGGUGAAGGGGCUCAAGGAACAGUGCGCUGGGGGAUGUUGUCCCACUGCAGCCCAGGCUGGCACAGGCCAGACAGAUGUCCGCAGCCUCUGCAGUCUCCAUGGCGUGUUUGACCUGAGCCGCUGUGCCUGCUCCUGCGAGUCAGGCUGGGGUGGGCCCACCUGCUCAGACCCCACAGGCGCUGGGGUGCCCCCCUCCACCCCACCCUCAGUCUCCGGGUCCUGCCCAGAUGACUGCAACGAUCAGGGUCGCUGUGUCCGCGGGCGCUGCGUGUGCUUCCCUGGUUACAGCGGCCCCAGCUGUGGCUGGCCCUCGUGCCCCGGGGACUGCAACGGCCGUGGGCGCUGCGUGCAAGGAGUAUGCGUGUGCCGUGCUGGCUUCUCCGGGGACGACUGCAGCCAGCGCUCCUGCCCCCGGGGCUGCAGCCAGAGGGGGCGCUGCGAGGACGGGCGCUGCGUGUGCGACCCCGGCUACGCUGGCGAAGACUGUGGGAAGAGGAGCUGCCCCCGAGGCUGCAGCCAGAGGGGGCGCUGCGAGAACGGACGCUGCGUGUGCGACCCCGGCUACACUGGCGACGACUGCGGGGUGAGGAGCUGCCCACGGGGCUGCAGCCAGAGGGGGCGCUGCGAGGACGGGCGCUGCGUGUGCGACCCCGGCUACACCGGCGACGACUGCGGCUCGCGGAGCUGCCUGUGGGACUGUGGCGAGGGCGGGCGCUGCGUGGACGGCCGCUGCGUGUGCUGGCCCGGGUACGCGGGCGAGGACUGCAGCACCCGGACGUGCCCGCGGGACUGCCGGGGCCGCGGGCGCUGCGAGGACGGCGAGUGCAUCUGCGACGCAGGGUACAGCGGGGACGACUGUGGAGUGCGCAGCUGCCCAGGCGACUGCAACCAAAGGGGCCGCUGCGAGGACGGCCGCUGCGUGUGCUGGCCGGGGUACACGGGGCCCGACUGCGGCUCGCGCGCCUGUCCCCGUGACUGUCGGGGCCGCGGGCGCUGCGAGAACGGCGUCUGCGUGUGCAACGCGGGCUAUAGCGGCGAGGACUGCGGCGUGCGCAGCUGUCCCGGGGACUGUCGCGGCCGGGGCCGUUGCGAGAGUGGCCGCUGCGUGUGUUGGCCCGGGUACACAGGUCGGGACUGCGGCACGCGCGCCUGCCCUGGCGACUGUCGUGGGCGCGGGCGCUGCGUGGACGGCCGCUGCGUGUGCAACCCCGGCUUCGCGGGCGAGGACUGCGGGAGCCGUCGGUGCCCUGGGGACUGCCGCGGGCGGGGCCGCUGCGAGGAUGGCGUGUGCGUGUGCAACGCGGGCUACGAGGGAGAGGACUGUGGCGUGCGCAGCUGCCCAGGAGGUUGCCACGGCCGCGGCCAGUGCCACGACGGGCGCUGCGUGUGUGACGAUGACUACUCGGGAGAGGACUGCAGCAUAAGGCGGUGCCCGCGCGACUGCAGUCAGCAUGGCGUGUGCCAGGACGGCGUGUGCACCUGCUGGGAAGGUUAUGCCGGCGAGGACUGCGGCCUCCGUACCUGCCCCUCCAACUGCCACCAGCGCGGCCGCUGUGAGGACGGGCGCUGCGUGUGCAACUCAGGCUACACCGGCCCCUCCUGCGCUACCCGCACCUGCCCGGCGGAUUGCCGGGGCCGCGGGCGCUGCGUGCAGGGAGUGUGCGUGUGCCACGUGGGCUAUAGCGGCGAGGAUUGUGGGCAGGAAGAACCUCCCGCCAGCACCUGCCCUGGGGGCUGUGGGCCCCGGGAACUGUGCCGCGCUGGCCAGUGUGUAUGCGUGGAGGGCUUUGGAGGACCUGACUGCGCCAUUCAGAUGUGCCCUGGGGACUGCCGUGGCAGGGGAGAGUGUCGUGAGGGCAGCUGCAUCUGUCAAGAAGGUUAUGCAGGGGAGGACUGCGGGGAAGAGGUUCCAGCCAUUGAGGGCAUGAGGAUGCAUCUCCUAGAGGAGACAACGGUUCGGACAGAGUGGACCAGGGCUCCUGGCACUGUGGAUGCCUACGAAAUUCAGUUCAUUCCCACGACGGAGGGGGUGAGCCCCCCAUUCACAGCACGGGUACCCAGCUCUGCCUCAGCCUAUGACCAGAGAGGACUGGCGCCCGGUCAGGAGUACCAGGUCACAGUCCGUGCCCUUCGAGGGACUAGCUGGGGCCCUCCUGCCUCUAAGACCAUCACCACCAUGAUUGAUGGCCCACAAGACCUCCGGGUGGUGGCUGUGACACCAACCACACUGGAGCUCAGCUGGCUGCGACCCCAGGCAGAAGUGGACCGAUUCGUGGUGUCCUAUGUCAGCGCUGGCAACCAGAGGGUGCGGCUGGAAGUGCCCCCAGAGGCGGAUGGGACAGUGCUGACUGACCUGAUGCCAGGCGUGGAAUAUGUAGUGACUGUCACGGCAGAGCGGGGCCGGGCAGUAAGCUACCCGGCUUCUGUCAGAGCCAACACAGCACCAGGCCACUACAGUUACCCGGAGGUGCGCCCCCCAGCCCCGUCCCCCAAGCCCCGUCCCCGGCCGGCUCCGGCCCCGCGCCCCCCGCGCCCCGCACGCCCCGCUCGGCCCUCGCGGCCCGCAGAGGAGGGCGAGGAGGAGCCUGGGCCUGGGCCUAGCCUGCCGCAGCCCCCUCGGCGGGCGUGGGGCAACCUGACGGGCGAGCUGGGCCGCUUCCGCGGCACUGUGCAAGACCUGGAGCGCCACCUGAGGGCUCAUGGCUACCCACUGCGAGCCAACCAGACCUACGCGUCCGUGGCGCGGCACAUCCACGAGUACUUACAGCGGCGUCGCGCUGCCGCCGCCCCCGUCGGCCCCCCCGCCCCCUCGCCCCGCCGCCCCCACCCCACCGCCAGCCCCGACCCUGGCACCUGGAAGCGGGACUCCAACCAGGGCAUCUACGGCCUCUCGCCCGAAGGCGUCGACCGGGUGGCCGCGCCCCGCCACCCCAAGCCCGAGGUUCUGGGCAGUUCUGCCGACGGCUCACUACUGGUGUCCCUUGACGGGCUCCGCGGCCACUUCGAGCGCGUGGUGCUGCGCUGGCGGCCCCAGCCGCCGGCAGAGGGCCCUGGCGGGGAGCUGACCGUGCCGGGCACCACUCGCACCGUCAGCCUACCUGACCUCAGGUCCGGCACCACCUACCACGUGGAGGUCCACGGGGUGCGGGCAGGGCAGACCUCCAAGUCCUACGCCUUCAUCACCACCACAGGGUCCUCUCCUUCAGGCCUCUUGGGAGCCACCGAUGAGCCUCCUCCCUCGGGCCCUUCCACGACUCAAGGGGUCCAGGCCCCAGAACUGCAGCAGCGCCCCCAGGAGCUGGGGGAGUUGAGGGUGCUGGGCAGAGACAAGACAGGGAAGCUCCGCGUUGCUUGGACUGCUCAGCCUGACACAUUUGCCCACUUCCAGCUCCGCCUUCGGGUGCCCGAGGGGCCAGGGGUGCAUGAGGAACUACUGCCAGGGGACGUCCGCCAGGCUCUGGUGCCCUCACCCCCUCCUGGAGUCUCCUAUGAGCUGUCACUUCGUGGGGUCCCCCCGGAGGGCGAGCCCUCUGCCCCUCUCAUCUACCAAAGCAUUAUGGACAGGGAUGGGGCGAAGCCUGGGAAGCCCUUGGCCCAGCCACACCUGGGCGAGCUAAUGGUGACUGACCCAACCUCCAACUCUCUGCUCCUGCACUGGACGGUCCCUGAGGGCGAGUUCGACUCCUUCGUGAUCCAGUACAAGGACAGGGAUGGGCCCCAGGUGGUACCUGUGGAGGGAUCCCAGCGCUCAGCCCGCAUCACUAACCUGGACGUCGGCCGCAAGUACAAAUUUGUGCUAUAUGGGCUCCUGGGCAAGAAGAGACAUGGGCCCCUGGUGGCUGAAGCCAAGAUCUUGCCUCAGAGUGAUCCUAGCCCAGCGACUCCACCCCGCCUCGGCAAGCUGUGGGUGACAGAUCCCACCCCAGACUCACUGCACCUCUCCUGGACUGUCCCUGAAGGCCAGUUUGACUCUUUCGUAGUUCAAUACAGGAAUAGGGAUGGACAGCCGCAAGUGAUGCCUGUGGAAGGGCCCGAGCGCUCGGUCAUUGUCUCCUCGCUGGACCCUAACCACAAGUACAGAUUCACUCUGUUUGGGGUUGCCAACAAGAAGCGUCAUGGCCCCCUCACAGCCGAUGGGACCACUGCCUCAGAGUCCCCAGUGCAGCCCCUGCUGGGGGAGCUGUCAGUGACUCAGGCAAACCCAGACUCCCUGCGCCUGGCCUGGACCGUGCCCCAGGGCUCCUUUGACUCCUUCGUGGUCCAGUACAAGGAUGCACAGGGCCAGCCCCAGGUGGUGCCCGUCAGGGGGGAUGAGAACGAGGUCACCAUCCCGGGCCUGGAGCCCCACCGGAAAUAUAAGAUGAACCUCUACGGGCUUCAUGGCAGGCAGCGUGUGGGACCUGUGUCCGUGGUGGCCACCACAGCCCCCCAGGACCUUGUGGAGGAGACGCCUAGCCCCACAGAACCCAGCACGGAGGCCCCGGAGCCCCCCGAGGAGCCCCUCCUGGGGGAGCUGACGGUGACAGGAUCCUCUCCAGACUCGCUGAGCCUCUCCUGGACCGUCCCCCAGGGCCACUUCGACUCCUUCACUGUCCAGUACAAGGACGGGGACGGGCGGCCCCAGGUGGUGCGUGUCAGGGGUGAUGUGAACGAGGUCACCAUCGGGGGCCUGGAGCCGGGGCGCAGGUACAAGAUGCACCUGUAUGGCCUGCACGAGGGGCAGCGCCAGGGCCCAGUGUCCACUGUGGGCAUCACCGCUCCACACCCAGAAGAGACCCCAGCCACAGAGCCGCCCCUGGAGCCACGCCUGGGGGAGCUGACAGUGACCGAUGUGACCCCCAGCUCCGUGGGCCUUGCAUGGACAGUCCCCGAGGGCCAGUUUGACUCCUUUGUGGUCCAAUACAAGGGCAGGGAUGGGCAGCCCCAGGUGGUGCCUGUGACCGCAGACCAGCGCAAGGUCACCAUCCCUGGCCUGGAGCCUGCACGCAAGUACAGGAUGAACGUCUAUGGGCUACAUGAUGGGCAGCACAUGGGCCCCCUCUCUGUAGUAGCUGUGACCGCUCCCCUCCCCACAGCCCCAGCCACAGAGUCCCCCCAGGAGCCACAGCUGGGGGAGCUGACAGUGUUAGACAUGACCCCAGACUCCGUGACCCUCUCUUGGACGGUCCCCAACGGUGAAUUCGACUCCUUCAUGGUCCAGUACAAGGACAGGGAUGGGCAGCCCCAUGUGGUGCCUGUGGCCGCAGACCAGCGUGAGGUCACCGUCCCCGGCCUGGAGCCCAGCCGGAAGUACAAGUUCCUGCUCUAUGGGCUUCAGGAUGGCAAGAGACACAGCCCAGUCUCUGUAGAGGCAAAAACAGCUGCCCAAGGUGACGUCAGCCUCAAGGCCCACCCCCGCCUGGGGGAGCUGUGGGUGACAGAUCCCACCCUGGACUCAUUACACCUCUCCUGGACUGUGCCCGAGGGCCAUUUUGACUCCUUUGUGGUCCAGUUCAAGGACAGAGAUGGGCCCCACAUGGUGCCCGUGGAAGGCCACGAGCGCUCGGUCACCGUCACCCCUCUGGACCCUGGUCGCAAGUACAGAUUCCUCCUUUAUGGGCUCCGGGGCAAGAAGCGCCAUGGUCCCCUCACUGCUGAAGGCACCACAGAGCCCAGGAGUGGUGUGGACGAUGGUAGAACAAGGCACCCCCCAAAGCCCCAUCUCGGGGAAGAGCUACAGGUGACCAGCGUGACACCAGACUCUGUGAGCCUCGCGUGGAUGGUCCCUGAGGGCCACUUUGACUCCUUUGUGGUCCAGUACAAGGACAGGGACGGGCAGCCCCAGGUGGUCCCUGUGGAGGGCAGCCUCAGGGAGGUCAGCGUCUCUGGCCUGGACCCAGCCCGCAGGUAUAAGCUGCUGCUGUACGGGCUGCACCAGGGCAAGCGUGUGGGUCCCAUCUCUACCAUCGCCUUGACUGCCCCCAGAGAAGAUAUCGAAGCCGAGGUCCCAAGUCCUCCAGGGCCUGAGCCCCUCCUAGGGGAGGUAACUGUGGAGGAAGCGACACCAGACACCUUGCAUCUCUCCUGGACCGAGACUGAGGGCGAUUAUGACUCCUUUGAGGUCCACUACACAGACCAAGAUGGGCAACUCCAAGUGGUCAGGAUAGAUGGUGACCAGAAUGAUGUCAUCCUCUCUGGCCUGAAAUCUGAGCACAGAUACCUAGUGAACCUGUACGGUUUCCGUGGCCAGCAGCGCGUGGGUCCUGCCCACAUUGAGGCCCUAACAGCCCCAAGGGAAGAGGAGGAUGAACCUUCAGAACCUCCCACCAAGCCCCGCCUGGGGGAGCUGGCCGUGACCGACGCCACCUCCGACUCCCUGCACCUCUCCUGGACCGUCCCCGAGGGCCAGUUUGACCACUUCCUGGUGCAGUACAAGAACGGGGACGGGCAGCCCAAGGCGGUGCGCGUCCCGGGGUAUGAGGAGGGGGUCACCGUGUCAGGCCUGCAGCCAGACCACAAGUACAAGAUGAACCUGUAUGGCUUCCACGGUGGCCAGCGUGUGGGCCCAGUCUCUGCCAUUGGGGUGACAGCCGCAAGGGAAGAGACCCCAGCACUCCCCGAGGUGGAGGAGACGCCCAGCCCCACAGAACCCAGCACGGAGGCCCCGGAGCCCCCCAAGGAGCCCCUCCUGGGAGAGCUGACAGUGACAGGAUCCUCCCCAGACUCGCUGAGCCUCUCCUGGACCGUCCCCCAGGGCCACUUCGACUCCUUCACUGUCCAGUACAAGGACGGGGAUGGGCGGCCCCAGGUGGUGCGCGUCAGGGGUGAUGAGAACGAGGUCACCGUCUGGAGCCUGGAGCCAGGUCGCAGGUACAAGAUGCACCUGUACGGCCUGCACGGGGGGCAGCGCCAGGGACCCGUGUCCACCGUGGGCAUCACUGAAAAUGAAGCUGUGACCACUGAAGCCUCAUCCACCAUGGCUCCCGAGCCUCCCACCAAGCCCCGCCUGGGGGAGCUGGCCGUGACCGACGCCACCUCCGACUCCCUGCACCUCUCCUGGACCGUCCCCGAGGGCCAGUUUGACCACUUCCUGGUGCAGUACAAGAACGGGGACGGGCAGCCCAAGGCGGUGCGCGUCCCGGGGUAUGAGGAGGGGGUCACCGUGUCAGGCCUGCAGCCAGACCACAAGUACAAGAUGAACCUGUAUGGCUUCCACGGUGGCCAGCGUGUGGGCCCAGUCUCUGUCAUUGGGAUGACAGCUGCAGAGGAAGAGACCCCAGCGCUCUCUGAGGUGGAGGAGACACCCAGCCCCACAGAACUCAGCACGGAGGCCCCAGAGCCCCCCAAGGAGCCCCUCCUGGGGGAGCUGACAGUGACAGGAUCCUUCCCAGACUCGCUGAGCCUCUCCUGGACCGUCCCCCAGGGCCACUUCGACUCCUUCACUGUCCAGUACAAGGACGGGGACGGGCGGCCCCAGGUGGUGCGUGUCGGGGGUGAUGAGAAGGAGGUCACCGUCAGGGGCCUGGAGCCGGGGCGCAGGUACAAGAUGCACCUGUAUGGCCUGCACGAGGGGCAGCGCCAGGGCCCCGUGUCCACCAUGGGCAUCACUGACCCCGAAGAGGAGCCCUCUACCAGCACCCUUCAGAAGCCACACUUGGGAGAGCUAACCGUGACAGAUGCCACCCCUGACUCCCUGCACCUCUCCUGGACCAUCCCCGAGGGCCAAUUUGACCACUUCCUGGUCCAGUACAAGAACGGGGACGGGCAGCCCAAGGCGGUGAGAGUGCCAGGAAAUGAGGACCAGGUCACCGUGUCAGGCCUGCAGCCAGACCACAAGUACAAGAUGAACCUGUACGGCUUCCACAGGGGCCAGCGUGUGGGCCCGGUCUCUGCUGUCGGUUUAACUGCCCCAGGAAAGGACCAUGAAAUGCCAGCCUCCACAGACCUACCUAUCUUGGCCCCCGAGCCUCCCACCAAGCCCCGCCUGGGGGAGCUGGCCGUGACCGACGCCACCUCCGACUCCCUACAUCUCUCCUGGACCGUCCCCGAGGGCCAAUUUGACCACUUCCUGGUGCAGUACAAGAACGGGGACGGGCAGCCCAAGGCGGUGCGCGUCCCGGGGUAUGAGGAGGGGGUCACCGUGUCAGGCCUGCAGCCAGACCACAAGUACAAGAUGAACCUGUAUGGCUUCCACGGUGGCCAGCGCGUGGGCCCAGUCUCUGCCAUUGGGGUGACAGCCGCAGAGGAAGAGACCCCAGCACUCCCCGAGGUGGAGGAGAUGCCCAGCCCCAAAGAACCCAGCACGGAGGCCCUGGAGCCCCCUGAGGAGCCCCUCCUGGGGGAGCUGACGGUGACAGGAUCCUCCCCAGACUCGCUGAGCCUCUCCUGGACCGUUCCCCAGGGCCACUUUGAUUCCUUCACUGUCCAGUACAAGGACGGGGAUGGGCAGCCCCAGGUGGUGCGUGUCGGGGGUGACGAGAACGAGGUCACUGUUGGGGGCCUGGAGCCAGGUCGCAGGUACAAGAUGCACCUGUAUGGCCUGCACGGGGGGCAGCGCCAGGGCCCCAUGUCCACCGUGGGCAUCACCGCCCCACAGGACUUUGUGGAGGAGACGCACAGCCCCAAGGAACACAGCACAGAGGCCCCGGAGCCCACCGAGGAGCCCCUCCUGGGGGAGCUGACAGUGACAGGAUCCUCCCCAGACUCGCUGAGCCUCUCCUGGACCGUCCCCCAGGGCCACUUCGACUCCUUCACUGUCCAGUACAAGGACGGGGAUGGGCAGCCCCAGGUGGUGCGCAUCAGGGGUGAUGAGAACAACGUCACCGUCGGGGGCCUAGAGCCAGGGCGGAGGUACAAGAUGCACCUGUAUGGCCUACACAGGGGCCAGCGCCAGGGCCCCGUGUCCACCAUGGGCGUCACUGAAAAUGAAGCUGUGACCACUGAAGCCUCAUCCACCAUGGCUCCCGAGCCUCCCACCAAGCCCCGCCUGGGGGAGCUGGCCGUGACCGACGCCACCUCCGACUCCCUGCACCUCUCCUGGACCGUCCCCGAGGGCCAGUUUGACCACUUCCUGGUGCAGUACAAGAACGGGGACGGGCAGCCCAAGGCGGUGCGCGUCCCGGGGUAUGAGGAGGGGGUCACCGUGUCAGGCCUGCAGCCAGACCACAAGUACAAGAUGAACCUGUAUGGCUCCCACGGUGGCCAGCGUGUGGGCCCAGUCUCUGUCAUUGGGAUGACAGCUGCAGAGGAAGAGACCCCAACGCUCUCUGAGGUGGAGGAGACGCCCAGCCCCACAGAACCCAGCACGGAGGCCCCGGAGCCCCCCGAGGAGCCCCUCCUGGGGGAACUGACGGUGACAGGAUCCUCCCCAGACUCGUUGAGCCUCUCCUGGACCGUCCCCCAGGGCCACUUCGACUCCUUCACUGUCCAGUACAAGGACGGGGACGGGCGGCCCCAGGUGGUGCACGUCAGGGGUGACGAGAACGGGGUCACUGUUGGGGGCCUGGAGCCAGGGCGCAGGUACAAGAUGCACCUGUACGGCAUGCACAGGGGGCAGCGCCAGGGCCCCGUGUCCACUGUGGGCAUCACUGGCUCCCUACCCACAGAGCCCCCUGUAGCACCCCGCCUGGGGGAGCUGGCUGUAGCAGCUGUGACCUCCGAUACAGUGAGCCUCUCAUGGUCAGUGGCCCAGGGUCUCUUCGACUCCUUCCUUGUCCAGUACAAGGAUGCGCAGGGACAGCCCCAGGUGAUGCCUGUGGGCGGACACCUCCAUGAGAUCACAGUUUCGGGCCUGGACCCAGCCCGCAAGUACAAGUUCCUGCUCUUUGGCCUCCGGGAUGGGAAACGCCUUGGCCCAGUGUCUGCAGAGGCAAAGACAAUCUCAGACAUGAAAUCUCCCCGUCUCGGGGAGCUGACAGUGACAUACGUGACCCCAGACGCCAUGACCCUCUCCUGGACCGUCCCUGAAGGUGAAUUCGACUCCUUCGUGGUCCAAUACAAAGACAGGGACGGGCAGCCUCGCGUGGUGCCCGUGGCCACAGACCAGCGCGAGGUCACCAUCCCCGGCCUGGAGCCUGGCCGGAAGUACAAGUUCCUGCUCUACGGGCUGGCAGGCAGGAAGCGCCUGGGCCCCAUCUCUGCCGAUGGUACCACAGCUACCCUGGAGAAGGAGCGGCAGCGCCCACCCUGCCUCGGGGAGCUGACAGUGACAGAUGGGACCCCAGACUCCCUGCGCCUCUCAUGGACGGUGGCCCAGGGCACGUUUGAUUCCUUUGUGGUCCAGUAUAGGGACCCAGCUGGGCAGCCCCAGGCAGUGCCUGCAGCCAAAGACCAGCGGGAAGUCACCAUAGAGGGUCUGGAGCCUGGCAGGAAAUACAAGUUUCUGCUGUAUGGGCUCCACGGGGGACAGCGCCAGGGCCCCCUCUCUGUUCUGGGAGUAACAGCCCCGGGAGUGGACACACCAGGCCCCUGGCACCCCACCACAGAGGCUCCUGAGCCCCCUUCAGGGCCCCAGCUGCAGACACUGGCAGUGAGCGACAUAACCCCAGACUCCCUGCGCCUCUCGUGGAGUGUGGCCCAGGGCCCCUUUGACUCCUUCGUGGUCCAGUAUCAGGACACAGAUGGGCAGCCCCAGGCCUUGCUCAUGGACGGCAACCAGAACAAGGUGCAAGUGUCAGGCCUAGAGCCCAGCACCUCCUACACGUUCUUCCUCUACGGCCUCCACGAAGGGAAGCGCCUGGGGCCUGUCUCCGCUGAGGGCACCACAGGGCCUGCUCCUGCUGGCCUGACCCCCGGGGAGACAGGGCCCCGCCUGUCCCAGCUGUCCGUGACCGAUGUGACCACCAGUUCCCUGCGGCUCAACUGGGAGGCCCCCUCAGAGGCCUUUGACUCCUUCCUGCUCCGCUUCGGAGUCCCAUCGCCAAGUACCCUGGAGCCGCACCCACGUCCCCUGCAGCAGCGGGAGCUGACAGUGCCAGGGUCACGGCGCUCAGCUGUGCUCCGGGACCUGCACCCAGGGACCCUGUACAGCCUGACAUUGUAUGGGCUGCGGGGGCCCCAUAAGGCCGACAGCAUCCAGGGCACAGCCCGCACCCUCAGCCCAGUUCUGGAAAGCCCCCGUGACCUCCAGUUCAGCGAAAUCGGGGAAACCUCGGCCCAGGUCAGCUGGAUACCUCCAGCAUCCAGAGUGGACAGUUUCAAAGUUUCCUACCAGCUGGCAGAUGGAGGAGAACCACAGAGUGUGCAGGUGGAUGGCCGAGCACAGACCCAGAAACUCGAGGGGCUGAUCCCAGGCUCUCACUAUGAGGUGACCGUGGUCUCUGUCCGUGGCUUUGAGGAGAGUGAGCCUCUCACAGGCUUCCUCACCACAGUUCCUGACGGCCCCACCCAGCUCCGAGCGCUAAACUUGACAGAGGGAUCCGCUCUGCUGCACUGGAAGGCCCCCCAGACCCCUGUGGACAAGUACAAAGUCCGGGUCACAGCCUCAGGGGCCCCCUCACUACAGGGCUCGGCCCCCGGCAGUGCUGUGGAGUACCCUCUGAGUGGCCUCGAGCUCCAUACCAACUACACGGCGACCGUGCGUGGUCUUCGGGGCCCCAAUCUCACCGCCCCCGCCAGUGUCACCUUCACUACAGGGCUAGAGGCCCCCCAGGACUUGGAGGCCAAGGAAGUGACCCCACGCACAGCCCUGCUCACUUGGACUGAACCCCAAGUCCUGCCGACUGGCUACCUGCUCAGUUUCAACACCCCCGGUGAACAGACCCAGGAGAUCCUGCUCCCAGGAGGGGUCACCUCGCACCGGCUGCUGGGGCUCUUUCCCUCCACCCCCUACAGCGUGUGGCUCCGGGCUAUGUGGGGCGAGAGCCUCACACCGCCGGUGUCCACCUCCUUCACCACUGGUGGACUUCCAAUCCCCUUUCCUCGGGACUGUGGGGAAGAGAUGCAGAACGGAGCCAGCUCUUCGAGGGCCACCACCAUCUUCCUGAAUGGGAACCGCGAGCGGCCCCUGGAUGUGUUCUGUGACAUGGAGACCGAUGGGGGUGGCUGGCUGGUGUUCCAGCGCCGCAUGGAUGGACAGACAGACUUCUGGAGGGACUGGGAGGACUACGCCCACGGCUUUGGCAACAUCUCCGGGGAGUUCUGGCUGGGCAAUGAGGCCCUGCACAGCCUGACAGCAGCGGGUGACUACUCCAUGCGCGUGGACCUGCGGGCCGGGGACGAGGCCGUGUUCGCACAGUAUGACUCUUUCCGGGUGGACUCAGCCGCAGACUACUACCGCCUUCAUCUAGACGGCUACCAUGGCACAGCAGGCGACUCCAUGAGCUACCACAGUGGCAGCGUCUUUUCUGCCCGGGAUCGAGACCCCAACAACCUGCUCAUAUCCUGCGCCGUCUCGUACCGCGGGGCCUGGUGGUAUAAGAACUGCCACUAUGCCAACCUCAACGGGCUCUACGGGAGCACUGUGGACCACCAGGGGGUGAGCUGGUACUACUGGAAGGGCUUUGAGUUCUCUGUGCCCUUCACGGAAAUGAAGCUGAGACCAAGAAGCUACCGGCCCCCAGCGGCCCAGAGAGGCUGACAGCUGCUCGCCUCUCCAGCGCCGCAGAAUGACUGCCGAGCACUGAGGGGUCGCGCUGAGAGAAGAGCCAGGGGCCACAGUCACCACCCAGCCACCAGAGGGAGCCUUCUCCAUCUGCGAUCUCACAGCACCAUGUUUACAGGGGGGAGGGCAGGGGUUUGUACGGGAAUAAUAAAAGGAGAAACCGA